AUGGCUAAUCAAUUAAAAACAAAAUAUCCUAAUUCUUAUCAAACACUUUCAACAAUUCCUAUUCCUUCUCAUUCAGCUGGUGAUUCGAAUGUAUUAAUUCAACCAACUCCUUUUGCUUAUCCAAUUCUUAAUCUUGAUCCCUUAACCAAUACAUUAUAUCAAAUUCGUUAUAAUAAUGAUGAUCGAUCUACCAUGAGUCAUUUAUCUUCUAAUCAAAUUUCCGAAUUUUAUGAUGCAUUAAGAAAAUGGAAUGAAUUAUUAAGUAAUAAGGAAAAUGAAUUUUGGUUUCCAUUAUAUCCCGGAAGAGUAUUAAUAUUUGAUAAUUGGAGAAUUUUACAUGGGAGAGCAAGUUUUGUUGGACAUCGAAGAUUAAUUGGGGCAUAUUUAAAUUGGGAUGAUUACAGAAGCAAAUUUAAAGUUUUAAAUUUAAGCAAUGAAGAAAUAUUGGAAAGUUUAUAA